AAAGGUGCACCUUCAGACACUGAGGGAGAAGUCAGAGCUAGACAGAAUGACCCCCAGGGAGAGAAUGAGGCUGAGGAAGCUGCAGACUGCUGACGACAAGGCCAGGAGGCUUAGGAGACUUGCUGAGGAGAAAUACCAGGAAAACCACUUCCGAAUGCAGGAGCUGAGGAGCCGCCAUUUCCAGAAAGUCAGUUUGGACGUCUUGAAUGAGAGUGCAGGAGAUGCAGUCCACCAGACUGCACCAAUCACAGCUGAGGACUACCAGUCACUGGGUUGCUCACAACCAAUGGGAAGGCAGCGGCAGGACAAGAUGCGAAUGUCUGAGCCAGUAGGGCAUGAGAUCCCAGAGGACCCUCAGACUGCAGAGGUGUAUUAUUAUAUGGAUGGAUUUGAGUCCUGCACUGAUGAAGAGGAGGAGGAAAGAGAGGAAGGGGACACCGUGACCUCAGAAACCCUCUGUCAUACCUAUGGACAGGACAGCGACCUGGAGGCCAUGAUGCGACACAUGGAGCAGGUUCUGGAAGGAGAGCUCAGCGUGGCUGAAGCAGUGCCAGAAGAGGGCCAGUGGGUCCCCAUGGGGCCUCCAGUCAUCAACAGCACCAUGGCUGAGACAAGGAUUCAGCGCAUGACUGAGUCAGUGUCCCGUCGGCUGGGUCUAACCGUCUUCCAGAGGGUGUAUAACUACCUGAAGGGAGCCAGGGAGAGGCAGGAGGAUGAGGAGAGCAUCAGACAGGCCCUCAGCAGCCUGGUGGAGAGGCCCAGUGAUGGCUUUGAAGUGGACCAACUACUGUACUACGAGGAGCAGCUCCAGGGAGCCAGAGAGGGAGCCAGAGAGGGAGCCAGAGAGGGAGCCAGAGAGGGAGCCAGAUAGGGAGCCAGAGAGGGAGCCAGAGAGGGAGCCAGAGAGGGAGCCAGAGAGGGAGCCAGAGAGGGAGAUAGAG